AUAAACGGGAUCACACAACAUCUGAAAUGGAUUUAGCAAUGAAAACUAUCAGGGACUUCAUGAUCAAAGAGAAACCAUCCCUCCAAGGAAGGAAUGAUUCUGAAAUACUUGCUGAAGCUGAGAAGUUAGCGGGUGAAUUGCUUAUAUGGGCUGACAGAGCAAAUGAAGUCCAGUCCGCAAUCAAUGACCUCGCUUCAAAUCAUCGUCAAAAGUGGCAGCCAUACAAAGAGGCUCUCUAUUUGUUUGAUGAAGCACUAGUAUACUGGCAUGAUGCAGAAAGGCUUUGUGAGAGUAAAAAAUCCAAACUGAUUAUUAUUCAAAACGACAAAGAGGAGGCGUUCCUGGAAAAUGAAAUUAAAAACGAACAACAUGACUUCUGGAUUGGGCUGUAUUAUAUAGGCAGAUGGAAAUGGAUAGAUGAAACUGCCCUUCUCCGAGGUUACUGGGUAGUCGGCAAGCCAGAUGACCUGGUUAAUAAACGGGCUUGUGCAAUAAAAGCAAAGUGUGCAACACCACUGCAAUGUUGGGAGAACUGUCCACGUCUUGAUCAAAAACGGAGCAUAUGUAAGAAGAAGCCCGAUAAACGAUGGUUCAAUUAGAACUCUUCAUGGACAAUGAAUCAACCCACCUUUAAUAGAAGCCAUGCUCAAUUAUCCAGAUUAUGGAAUUAAGGGCAUGGAAGAGAUCAGGUCUCUGACACCAGCACUCAAAAACCCCUUGUCAAUCCUGCGUCCCCAGGUGAACUGAUUUUGCAACCUCAGAUAAUGGAAACUCCUGGAAAAUAAAGCAAGGAGGACUCAGUCGU